AUGUCUCAUCUUGAUGCAUCUCAAUUGUUUUCCGUCCAAGGCCUCGUGGCCGUCAUCACUGGUGGCGGAAGUGGCCUAGGACGAACGAUGGCCCUUGCCCUUGCACAGAACGGCGCCACAAAAGUAUUCAUCAUCGGCCGACGCGCCGAUGCUCUUCAAGAAACCGUGUCGCUUGCAUCUCGCAUCGGCGUGAUCAUCCCUGUCGUUGGGGACAUCGCAUCUAAAGAAUCCUUAGAAAACGCAUACCGAAGCGUCGCCUCUCAGACUGAAUACAUCGACUUGCUCAUUGCAAACAGCGGCACCCUCGGUCCGCGGAAUCCGCCUAUUCAAACUGCAGAUGGGGGAAUCGCUACCUUGGAGCAGUAUAGAGAACAACUAUGGUCAGUGAGCAUGGAGGACAUGACUCAGACCAUGCACGUCAACGUGACCGGCGCUUACUUCACAGCCGUCGCUUUUCUACCCCUGUUAGACGCAGCGAACAAGCGUCGACCACCUCAGGUUCCAGGCAGCGGUGUGUUGAGUCCCCCCCGCCCACAGAUUAUCAUCACCUCUUCGAUUGGAGGCUUCAUGCGGAAAGUCUCAACGGGAUUUGCAUAUCAGGCCUCAAAGGCAGCUGUUACGUCGCUGAUCAAGACACUGUCGACUUCUUUACUCGACUAUGAUAUCCGCGUCAAUGGCAUCGCGCCGGGGAUAUAUCCUAGUGAAAUGACCACAGGCACGCUUCAAAGCUUUGGUGCUCAGCAUGGCAUCACUGAAGGCGAGAUUCCCAAGGAAGUCAUCCCACUAACGCGCGCGGGAUCACAGCAAGAUAUUGGAGGACUCGUGCUGUUCAUGGCAGGUGCAAGUGGAGGAUAUCUUAAUGGUUCGAUUAUGGUUACGGAUGGAGGAAGAUUAGCGGCGUUUCCUUCUACAUAUUAA